GCGUUUUCUCCCCUUCCCCAUUCUCCACCCCAACCCCAACAACCACCCGCCCCCGCCACCACCACGGUUGCGGCGGCCCUCCUCAAACGCGUCGGCUCAGACUACUCAGUCAAACCCCUCCGGAACUUAGUUCAGCUGUCGGAAAGGUGUCUGCUCUCUCUUUCUCUCUCUGACAGAGCCUAAGAGAAGCUGCAGCUAUGGGGAAUUGCAACGCCUGUGUGAGGCCGGAGGCGGAGGAGAAGGAGAGGGAGCCCGGCAAUAGGCCGGCCAAGAAGGGCAAGGAUCGGAGGCCCAACCCCUACGCGGAGGACCCGAUCCGCUCGCCCGCCCCGAUCCGGGUCCUGAAGGAUGUCAUCCCGCUCAGUCACCGCACCCGGAUCAACGACAAGUACGUGCUCAGCCGCGAGCUCGGUCGGGGCGAGUUCGGCAUCACCUACCUCUGCACCGACCGGGAGACCCGUGAAGCCCUUGCCUGCAAGUCCAUCUCCAAGCGGAAGCUCAGGACCGCCGUUGACAUCGAGGACGUGCGACGAGAGGUUGCCAUCAUGUCGACCCUGCCAGAGCACCCGAACAUAGUGAGGCUCAAGGCGACGUACGAGGACAAUGAGAACGUCCAUAUCGUGGAGGAGUUAUGCGAGGGAGGGGAGCUGUUUGAUCGGAUUGUUGCAAGGGGGCAUUACAGUGAGAGGGCAGCUGCCAGUGUAGCGAGGACCAUCGCUGAGGUGGUGAGGAUGUGCCAUGCGAACGGUGUCAUGCAUCGGGACCUGAAGCCUGAGAAUUUCCUGUUUGCUAACAAGAAGGAGAAUGCGGCUCUCAAGGCCAUUGAUUUUGGGUUGUCCGUAUUCUUCAAACCGGGGGAGCGGUUCUCAGAGAUUGUGGGAAGUCCAUAUUACAUGGCUCCAGAGGUACUGAAGCGGAACUAUGGACCCGAGGUUGAUGUGUGGAGCGCCGGUGUGAUUCUCUACAUUUUGCUAUGCGGUGUUCCCCCAUUUUGGGCAGAGACCGAACAAGGUGUUGCUCUGGCAAUUCUGAGGGGAGUAAUCGAUUUUAAGAGGGAGCCAUGGCCUCAAGUAUCCAACAAUGCUAAGAGUCUUGUUCGACAGAUGUUGGAACCUGAUCCUCGGAAACGAUUGACUGCUCAGCAGGUGCUUGACCAUCCCUGGAUACAGAAUGCAAAGAAGGCUUCAAAUGUUCCCCUGGGCGAUGUAGUAAGGACUAGGCUGAAGCAGUUCUCUUUAAUGAAUAGGUUCAAGAAGAAAGCCCUCCGAGUAAUCGCAGAACACUUAUCUAUUCAAGAAGUAGAAGUGAUCAGAGACAUGUUUGCGUUAAUGGACACUGACAAUGAUGGGAAGGUGACUUAUGAAGAACUGAAGGCUGGGCUUCAGAAAGUUGGCUCACAGUUGGCUGAGCCCGAGAUAAAGAUGCUCAUGGAAGUGGCUGAUGUUGAUGGCAAUGGAGUCCUUGACUACGGAGAGUUCGUUGCGGUGACAAUUCAUUUGCAGCGGAUGGAGAAUGAUGAGCACUUCCGAAGAGCCUUCAUGUUUUUCGACAAGGAUGAUAGCGGUUACAUCGAAAUGGGAGAGCUCCGGGACGCCUUAGCAGAUGAAUCGGGGGAGACCGAUUCUGAUGUCCUGAAUGAGAUCAUGCGCGAGGUUGACACAGACAAGGACGGGCAGAUCAGCUAUGAUGAAUUCGUAGCGAUGAUGAAGACCGGAACCGAUUGGAGAAAGGCUUCCCGACAAUAUUCCCGGGAGAGAUUCAAGAGUUUGAGCCUUAACUUGAUGAAAGACGGGUCGCUCCACCUGCAUGAUGGCCUCACGGGUCAAUCGGUCAAAGUAUGAAUCAGAAACAGGCCUGAGAUCUUGUCCCUGCCAUACCGGCCUGUAGGAAGGCUGAACUGACUUUGAGCUUGAGGUCUGAAACCAUCGAGUUCGGGAACAAAGACGGGCUUUCUUUUUCUUCUUUUUAUGGGGUUUAGAUAGGGCAGUGUUCUAUUUAUUGGUGGGCUGAGAGGGUGGUGGGAUAUCAAAUCCUUGGGGGGGUGGUGUUGGGAUGCAGUUUGUGAGUAAAUGUUGCAUAGGGUUUGUUAAGGUAUGUGUAUGUUUUGCAUCUAAAGAAAGAUUCUUUUUCCACCUGUAAAUUCUUUUUUUUUUUUUUUGGCCUCUUUUCCCCUUUGAUGACAAAUGAUGAUGAGGAUGAGGGUUUGAUGAUUACUUGUGUAUUUUUAUAAGAUUCUUGUGACAUUGUUAGAUUUCCAUUCAA